GAAACUUUAUUGGAGCUCUAGCAGCAGAAAUGGCAGAAUCUACAGUUUCAAAAGAUAUGGGUAUAUACGCUGAACUGACCUCUCCACACCAUGAUGUGUACUGUACAGUGGGCCAGACCACACCCAACAGCCCAAGAGCACAGCACACAGAGACAGUUGGCCGAAGCUCCCACCCCUAUAGGCUGGCUGCCGUGUGUCUGGGGCUGCUGUGUGCUCUCUUAUUGGCUGCCACUAUAGUCCUGUGUGUCCUCUAUACACGCCUGUCAAAGAACAAUUCAAUGCUGGAGAGAGAGCAACUGGAUUUUACUGAAGAGAUAGGCGACAAUGGCUCAGGAGACAGUGAGUGUCCACAGGGCUGGGAGCAGUUCUACUCCAAGUGUUACUACUUCUCCACGGAGAGGAAGAGCUGGAAGGACAGUCGCAGAGACUGCUUAAGACGGGGAGCUGACCUGGUGAUUAUAGAGAGUGACGAGGAGCAGGAGUUCAUCACCAACAGCACUUUCCAAAGAGCCUUUAACUGGAUUCGACUGAGUGACUGGGGAACAGAGAGCACCUGGCUCUGGGUGGGUGAACCUUUACUGAGGAGAAGGUUCUUCCUGGGCUAUCCUUAUGCACUUGAUUGUGCCCAGACACCUGUGAAUAGAUUGGCUGCUCACCUUUGUGCUCAAGACUGGGGAUGGAUCUGUGAGACAAAUGCACUGCUCGCUUAAACAAUUUUUAUCAUUAUAUGUUUUUGGUUAUUUUGUCUUGUGAUAGUCAGAUGACCAUGCCAGGUUUCACUGACAAACCCGGGACCAAUAAGCAGAUUGAAAUGUUACUAAUACUAUUGGGAAUGUGUGGACUAUACUGUACAUGCUGCUAUUUUAACUAGAAAUAUCUUAAUAUUUCAAGCGCAAACUGAAGACGCACCUCUUCAAGCAGCACCUCUCUCUGUCCCUCCCUACCUCCCUGUAAACCUUAAUUGUUGUCUUUCUGUGAGUUACUUGUGUAUCAGGAUAUUUUAGUUUGGCUAGGUAAGCAGUGUUUGGCUAGUUAAGGGGUUUGUUCAUACAUUUGCGUGUUACAGAUUAAAAAAAAAAAAAAAAAAAAAAAAAUCAAGUAGGCCCUGGUCCUUAUCUUUGUUGUACAGGUAGCAGUUGAAAUUGUACUUCCCUUUAGCGUCUUUCAGCGCACUUUUCCCUGGUUAUGGGUAUGCACUUUGUUGUAUGUUGCUCUGGAUAAGAGCGUCUGCCAAAUGCCAUUAAUGUAAUGUAAUGUAAAGAAAUAUGCCUGUAAGACUAAUCUUUAUCAAAUGCAUUGAAAUUACAAUACAAGUGAUUAUACAUGGAGAAUAUUUUGUUGGCUCUCUGAAUAUGAAUGUUUGUAUGAAUAAUCACACUUCAAAUGUUUAAUAGUUCUCAUUAAGAGACUGUGGGUAGACACCUGCCUAUGUCCUCAGCGUGAUACUAAUAAAAACAGGUCACCGUAGUUUAUUAAAUCACUAAAGUCACUAAAACCUCUGCAUGAGUAGGCUGUGGCAUAACUCCCUUGCUCGUUCUCAACACGUAAAAAGCUAUUUAUUAGGUAGACCUGCACACCAGCUUGUUAAUGCAAAUAUUUAAUCAGCCAAACAUGUGGCAGCAACUAAAUGCAUAAGAGCAUGCAGACAUGGUCAAGAGGUUCAGCUGUUGUUCAGACCAAAUAA